AACGCAUUCCCGCCUGCUUAUUUCUGUCUGCAGUUAUGAAGUGUGGGAUGUCCUGCAGCCUGUUUGAGGUGGUGGACGGGAAAGGCAAACCAACCAGCGGCAGCUUGGCCGCUCUGGUCAACAAACUGGAGAGAGACCGGAUGGUGCUGGUGAAGUCCUUAUUUGAUAAAGGCUUUCUCUUCCUGUUGUCCUCUGCUCAGAUGGUUGAAUCCAAAGAGCGGCGGGGGCGGGUAGAGAAGAACCUGCAAGCAUUAUUCAUCUUUCAGGAGCCAAGGAUGAUCGUCAAGUACUCAUCGAGGCUGUUCGAGCCAGAGCCGCUGACGGUGGAGCCUCAUCCGGCUUUCUUGUCAUCCAUGGAGUCUUUCAUCCCCGCAGUGCACUAUGGCCUGUUCAAGUUGCGCCCAAACCCAGGCAAGGACCUGAGCUCUGGGGUGGAGCGUCAGGCCACCGAUUACCUAACUCGUAUGGAUUCGGGCACAGUGCGUCCAUUCAUCCUACCCGACUACAAAUAUAAUGUAAAUGAAAGGACGAACCCCGUCACAGCACCCAGACCCAAAUGUAACAUGGAUGCUGUGCUGCGAUCGUACGUUCACAACCCCGCAAACUAUAUUUUACCUCUGAACAAGGCAAAGGACAUCAUUGAACGAAUACGGAACCCUGCACCCGUACCCGCACCCGCUCCAGCCCCAGUGGAAUACAGCCCUGUUUCUGACUGGGGCGGCUCGGACAGGGGCUCGGACAGAGCAGAGAGACCCUCAGAAAGGCUGUCCCAGGAGAGGGCGCCUACAGAAAGGCCAGCCCAGGAAAAACCGCCGACUGACAGCAGCAGCGGCGGCAGUAGUAUUAGUAGCAGUAGUAGACGGAGGCCAGCGGUGGCCCAUUCAAACGGAGCCCAGCUGCAACACAAGCCCCACGAUGAGUCCCAGCCUCAGCCGCAGAGGUUGCGGCUGUCCCAGAACGAGUACGAUAAAGACAAAAUGAAACAGCUGCUUAAGCUAAUUCAGCUUCAUAAGAAGGCACUCGUGAAGGAUCCCGGGAAGGAUCGGGGGGAGGACGGCGCCUGGGAUGCCAACAGUCUGAAAAGGAAAUUUGAAGGGGACGAGAGAGGAGGCGCAAACAAACAUCAACGCACAGAUCAGCUGAGCAACGGGGAACCCAGCAGAGGUGCACAAGGGGACGACCUUGUGGAUGAGGGUGGGCAGAACGAAAAUCUGACAGCAGUGAUGGAGAGCAUGGGGAUCUAUGACACCGACCUAAGGGCCCGUGGCAACACCAAUACCUCAGCCGUCAGCGAGACCCAACGCCUUCUCAAGAUCCUCCUGGCCACACUCAAUAAAGCUGUGGCUCAGGGUUCAGUGUCUGCAGACUCAAACCACGGUGAACCAUCAACAGGUUCAGGAAGGGUGGAACCCGUUUACCACGACCCGGACCAUAGGAAACAAAACGAGCCUCCGUCACAAACGAACUACGCCGAGGAGGACAUGGACUGUAGCCCAGGUAGUCCAUUCAGCCCGGGCUCCCCACCAGAGCAAAAAUGCACAUCAGAAAACACAACCUGGGAUAUCCCCGCCAACGAAGACAAAGCGCAGCCAUUUAAUGAGCAGAAGCCCGAGCCGAAGCCCGAGCCAAAACUAGAGCUGAAGUCCGAGACGAAGCCUGAGCUGAAGCCUGAAUUGAAACCCGAACUGAAGUCCGAGCUGAAGCCUGAGCCAAAGCCUGUGCCAGUGGCUGCGCCAGCGGCAGACGUUGACCCAGAGCCGAAAACGCCUGCCGUUGUGGAAGUAAAAAAGAUGCCUAAACCCACGCUACCUGCUGUAGAGGAAGUUCCAUUCAGGCCCUCCAUCAGCUUGGACACAAUACUAAAUCAGGAAAUCCAUAGCCUAUCUUCUGACAUUAAAAAUAUCAUGCACACACAACACAUCAACUAUACCUCGCAGCUGCCUCCGCGGUUGCCUCCUCGCCACUGCUGGGUGUCUAGCAGCUGCUUCUCACACUUCGUUGUGCCCUACGUCUCCCCUGUCCCCAUUCAGGGGCACGUCAAAGCGCUGUGCGAGAAGAUGGACAAGUUGAUCCCAGCCCCACCUGCUCCCUCCAAGGUCACUUCUCCACCUCCCCCAUUGACACCAUCUAAUCUUACUACCCCACCCCCUGCCCCCAUCCCGACCACCAAAACGAAAGCAGAGCCCUCUCUGUCAAAGAGCACCGUCUCCUCACAGAGCAGUAAAACAAGCGCCAUCAAAGAGAUGACAUCCACUAAGAUUAAAUCGGAAGCCCCGUCAGCAGAGACGGGGGGAGAGGUCUACUCUCCUUCUCAAGUCACAGCGGAGUCUCCGGAGCAGAACUCACAAAACCCAGGCGCAGCUUCUGGCAGUGGGCCUGGGCUGCUAGCCGGCAGCCUGAUUGGUCAAUUGAAACCCGAAGUUUUCAGCAGCCUGGUGGAGAUUUUUAAGGACGUUACCAAGAAUACAGUUAAAUUUUACAUCUAUUCUGGAGACGAGGGGGAGGAGAGCGCUGUCUGCAAGGAGAUCAAGGAGUACUUGAAAAGUCUUGGCAACAGCGAGUGCAGCCCACAGACAUUUUUGGAAAACAGCAGCAGUUUGGAUAAACUCCUCAUCAUCAUUCGGAACGAGGACAUCGCAGCACAUGUGCAUAAGAUCCCGGCUCUGGUGUCUUUGAAAAAGUUGCCUUCAGUGAGCUUUGCUGGAGUGGACAGUCUGGACGAUGUCAAGAACCACACUUACAAUGAGCUCUUUGUGUCUGGCGGCUUCAUGGUGUCUGAUGAGUUUGUCCUCAACCCUGAUCUUAUCACGCAGGAUCGUUUGCAGGGACUGCUGAAGUUCCUGGAGGAACAGAGCACCCCUGAACACCCCUGGCAGUGGAAGGUUCACUGUAAGUCCCAGAAGAAACUUAAAGAGCUUGGGAGGUUAAACACUAAUGCCAUGGGGCUGCUGAAUCUUCUGACAGCCUAUCAGAAAAAGCAUUUAGUGGAGUUCCUCCCGUAUCACGAGUGUGACACGCAGUCGCGGCAGGCUCCAGAUCUGGACUGCCUCAUCAAACUCCAAGCUCAGCACACACAACAGCGACACCUCAUCUUCCUCACAGAGAGACCGUUUGAGAUGUUCCUGCAGUACUCCAGAAACGGAAUUGUGAUAGCGAGCAUCGACGAUGUUAUGAGCGGUUUCCACAGUCUCAUCGGAUCCAUUAAUCAGAACGAGCUUCCUACACCUCCUUCUACUGUAGUGAAUGAUGAGUGUGUGGAAGAGGAGGACAUGUCAUUAGACUCUGAUGAUGGCGAGCCACCAACCAUAUUAGAUCCUCCAGAGCAAAAGCAGCAAGUUGCAAAGAAGCCUCCGCAGCCACCCCCGCCAGAGAACGAGUUUCGUCCUCCGCUCCCAGACCAGCAGACCACCCCUGAGACGACGCCUACACUGUCUAACUACAGUGCUUUCAAAACAGCCAUCUCUCAGUUCAAAGCCACGAACCAGAUAGGCAUGGGCUCUUCAGACAUUGGCAGCUUGUCACCGGGAGGUUUCCCUGUGAAUCCCCACCAGAGCUUCCUGUGCCCUUCGGCCUCGUGGUCAUCAUAUACGGGUUCCUCUAGCUACACGGCCUCCCCAGCCUAUCCCGCCUCCCCCUGCAGCGGCACACAGGAACCUCCAACCGCAGUUUCUUCCGGAGCCCCAACCCCGCCUGUCAUGCCCCCAGCCGGACCUCUAGCUAACCUGGCCUCCCUCCCCUUGGAGGUCAAGCCUCCCCCUCCCCCUCACCUCAUGAUGCUGGGUCAUGGAUAUAGCUCGGAUGUUGGAGGAGCGGGAGCUGCUGGGACCUCUCCCCUCACCACCACAGUCCCCCCCUUCACAGACCGUAAUGACGCAGCUCAGCCAGGUUUCAUUGCUGGGACCCCUAAGAAUGCUAGUGGGACCCCCAAUCAACCGGACAGGACACUCAGUGGACCUGGGGACGGGGUAUGGGGGACUGCAGGGACCACAGCUUGUGACAAUGCAAGCAACCCGGCCGUGGUCCCACCUGCCCCGGUGGAUCCCAGUGGGCUCGCUAAGACUGGAGAAGCACUUAUAGGCAGCACCCCUUGUAGUCAAGGGGUCAGGACUCAGGUGAAUUGUGCUGACGGCCUUGGUGCAUCUGUGGGUAUUCCCACAGUACCCACAAGGGGGGGCUCUGUACUCAGACCUAAGCUGCCUCCACAUCCAAUGUCUGGUGUGGGCUAUGGCAGUAUAGGUUGCAUGCCUCCACAUAUGGAUCACAGGCCAAUGAUGGGUGCUAUGGGCCCGGGUUCUUUAGGAAGUUAUCGAGGGAGAGGAGUCCCACCUGUAGGACUAUGGCCUCGGCCUGGGCGAGGGCACGAACGAGGCGGUGGGACUGGAGGUGGACCCUGCUCUUGGGGUUACCCAGCAGGCAGGGGUGGGCCACCAAAUUAUUACACAGACUAUUCAUAUUCUCACAAUUAUGCCCCUGAAUAGACAAUCAACAUGAUUCAAGAGGCAACACAAACACCAUACACCAGAGACUAUAAGUGCUGGCUGAAUGUAUAUAUUUCCUUGUCAUAAAUGCAUUGAUUUAAAGCAGAAAAUAAGGAUCCUGGUUUUCUACAUUAAUAAAAAUUGAUACAGGCAGGGUUGAGUGUCCUACUGUCGUGUAAACUGUCUGUACACUCUUUCCAUGUGAGCUAUUUGAGACCCUGUUCAAACCACUAUAUUUAUAUUUGCCAACAAAUGUUAAUGGCCUUCCAGCUUCUCCGAAUUAAUCAUGUUCUGUUUGUCCCAGUUUGGAAACGGUUUGUGAACAAGGGGAAAGGCUGAUAUUUUUUUAAAGAAAAAAAAAGAGUGAAUGAAAUUUCACUUUUGCU